UCGAGGAGUUCUAGUCAAAUGGCGUUUGUCUCAAAUAAGAGACUUUACAACGAUCUAGUUGAACUUUCCUUCUCAGAUUAUCCGAAAGUUUCCGUCGAUUGGUCUUCUGUGGAAGAAAACUGUUCUUUAGUGAAGAUGAACCUGUGGUGCGAAAAUCUAUCGUGUCCUUAUAAUGGAUUCAUAUUACCUGUCACAAUGGAAUUUGUCAACUAUCCUCAUAGUCAUCCCUUUCUGAAGUUCGAAGUUGAUGUGUUUCAUCCCAACGUCUAUCAAAACGGCAAUGUUUGCUUGAACAUUCUAUCCGUAAAAGAAUGGUCUCCUGGUAUCACUUUACGAGUCAUCUUCAUCACAUUGUUGCAACUCCUUGCUGCACCUAACGCUUCUGACUCUGCUAGGUCGGAAGCUGGUGAGGCCUACAUGGCGGGAAAUUGGGAACAACAAGUAGUUCAAGUUCUCAUAAAUAGCAAUUGCAAACGAAUUUAAAAAAAUGAAGUAUUUGAUUUCAUG